AUGGGCGUUUACUCGGAUAAAACACAGAUGGUUUCAACUUUCAAGCCUUCAGCCCAUUGUUUGAGAUUAUAUCGUCAUAGCAGUGAGCAUAUACUAGCAAUUUAUGCAUAUAGAAAGAAGAAAGCACCUGAUUCUGAAUGGAUGGCCAACAGUAGUAUUACUUGUAUUUCUUCCGCCUGGGAUGAUCUGCAGUUGUUGGAGAACAUUUGUCCAGAAGGGGAACGUCACGCUUUGAGAAUUGUGGAAGAAGUGUUGAGAUAUCUGAGAACAUUUCUUCACUGUGUGAUGAAGUGGGGCAAUGAUCAUGUACAUUUAUCAUCUGAUGGCAAACAGAGCAAUGAAGCUAUUGACCAUGCAAGUCUAGGAGCUCUGGUGAUCAAGAUUGAAGAUGCCAUUUCGAAGAAAGGACAGGAUAUUCGCUUCUUUUGUUACACUGGUUUGGAACAUGGAUUUCUGAAUGGCGUUUUGAUAUUUCUGGGCAAAGAUUUUAGACAAGGCAUCGAAUCUUUCAAGCAGGAAAUUAACAGAUGGUACAUUGUUUUCUCGGGUUGUUCAUCGAGGGAGUCUAGUAUUUCUUCAGUAGUAAAAGAUGACCUGAUGGAAUUCAUGGACUCUCUCUUGGAGAAACUAGUGAAUUUGUCGUACUGGCAAGACCCUCAAUAUCGAGAUUCUUUGAACCCCCAAGUCCAUGAGACUUGUGUCCAAGCCAUUACUGCAUCAAAGUUAUCAAGACAACUAUAUCGGGACAAGGGUGAUCAUACUUUGAGAGACUUCAUCGAUUCUCUCCUAUGUAAUCUUUCAGAGAUACUAAAGUCUGGUACUCAUCUUAUGAUUUCUCUGAAGGAUCAACUGCUGCAAAUGUUCUAUGUGGGACUAAGAUCCUUGAGAGCCAUUCUCAAGGGGAAGUUGAAGAAGCUGGAUGAGCAAGUGAGAGAGCUCUCUGCCCUCGUGAUCUGUGAUGCAGGAUUUGUUAUUUGCUCUCUUUCUCCAAGUGCAGUGGAAGAUGGAUUUGUCAAGGCAAUGGAUCUGGUGUCUUUUGAUUUCCUCGAAGGGAUUAAGCUUGUCAAGGCAAUAGUUACAGAAAAAGGCCCAGAAACAUCAUCAUUCAACUUUCCUAGGAACAAUGAGUUGGGUUUUAUUGAUUUCCUUCUAGAAAACAUCACGGAUCUUUUAAGUCCUGAGGCUUGGUCAACUGCUCUUGUAAAUUAUCCUAUUCAAAAAUAUCCAGGAGGAGCUUAUUUUCUUACGCUCUUUCUUGGGAAAAUAGUGGAAUUGCGCAGUGAAGAUCAGGAGAUCCAAGAACAUUGGGAUCGUGUUGUAGAGUUUGCAUACAGGGUUGAGUUUCUUAUUGACUCCUUACUGGUUGGACUUGGAGAAACUCUAGAUUCUUUUUCAAUGUCAUUUGAUACCAUUGCAGACGACAUUAAGAUCAUUAAAGCUGAGGUUUUCAAGAUUUUUGAUAACAAAAAAGUUGAUGUCAAAGUUGUGCAAGGUAUGAAGAGACUCAAUCACCGGCCAUCACGAGAAAGUAAGCCUAUAAUCAAUGACGUUGUGGUUGGAUUUGAGGAUGAGGCAACAUUGAAAAUGAAUCGACUCAUGUGAGGAUUUCAAGCUUGAGUUGUAACAUACGAGAAAGUAACAUCUUGAGUUGUAUUGAUUUCAAGCUUCCUGACAAUUUUCUUCAAUUACAAGAAGAAGAUUUGUGUGAAGAACUCUACAGACAUUUGAAAAGAAGCAGAUAUCUCAUUGUUUUGGAUGAUGUAUGGGACAUUGAAGCAAGGAAUGGGUUGGAAGCCUCAUUCCUUAAUGACGCAAAUGGAAGUAGAGUACUGUUGACAAUGACAAGUCGACUGCACGAUGUUGCUGGACAAGAUAAGCUCGACAACGAACCUCAUUCUCUUCAGCAACUCACUGAUGUUGACAGCUGGCAUUUGCUGACAGAAAAGUUAUUUCCUGGAAAAGAGUUGCCUCCAAAAUUAUGUGAACUUCGAAUGCAAAUCGUGAAAAAGUGUCAAGGACUACCUCUGACAAUUGUCAUUCUUGCUGGAAUUUUAGCUAACGUGGACCAAGAUGGUUGGAAAGUAAGUAGUGGAAAAUUUGGGUUCAAGCAAUGUUUGUGUUACAGAUCAAUGCACAGCUGCACUAGAGCUGAGUUACAAACAUUUACCAGAUAAUUUGAAGGCCUGCUUUGUAUAUUUUGGGGCAUUUCCAGAAGACCAUGAACACAAUACCGAGAGGUUGAUUUGAUUAUGGGUGGCCAAAGGAAUUGUGCCAAAAACUCAAUUCAAGAGCUCAGAGGAUGUGGCAAAGGAUUACAUGAUAGAUCUCAUUGGCGGAAGCAUAGUCAUGGUUCCCAGACGAAUAUCCCUUGGUGGGAUAAAAGCUUGUCGAAUUCACGAUCUAUUACAUGAGUUUUGUGUAACCAAGGCCAAAGAAGAAAAUUUUCUGCUGCUAGUACGGGGGUAUGAUGAACUGUCUACUUUCAAUGUUCCCCAGAACUUACGCUGCUUAAGCGCUAACUCUGAGCCAGAGCACUUUACGGAGUUGGAAAGGUUAUCUUCUUCCACCAUACGCUCUUUACUGUUCUUCAAGCAAUGUUUGUGUUACAGAUCAAUGCACAGCUGCACUAGAGCUGAGUUACAAACAUUUACCAGAUAAUUUGAAGGCCUGCUUUGUAUAUUUUGGGGCAUUUCCAGAAGACCAUGAACACAAUACCGAGAGGUUGAUUUGAUUAUGGGUGGCCAAAGGAAUUGUGCCAAAAACUCAAUUCAAGAGCUCAGAGGAUGUGGCAAAGGAUUACAUGAUAGAUCUCAUUGGCGGAAGCAUAGUCAUGGUUCCCAGACGAAUAUCCCUUGGUGGGAUAAAAGCUUGUCGAAUUCACGAUCUAUUACAUGAGUUUUGUGUAACCAAGGCCAAAGAAGAAAAUUUUCUGCUGCUAGUACGGGGGUAUGAUGAACUGUCUACUUUCAAUGUUCCCCAGAACUUACGCUGCUUAAGCGCUAACUCUGAGCCAGAGCACUUUACGGAGUUGGAAAGGUUAUCUUCUUCCACCAUACGCUCUUUACUGUUCUUCAAUCAUGGUGAAAGGCUGAAACGUGAGCUCUUGGAAUUCCACAAGGAUUUUGCUUGUGAUGGAAACAUCAUGAUUCUAGUUCUAAGUUGACUCGAAUCACUCAAUUUGAUUUUCACUCCACUUCGUGAUGUGCAACACCAGAUUGAGUUUCAAUUCCCUUUUGACUCUAUCGGGCUUCUGCUUGCCAUAUUGCAAAAUAUCAGCACUUGCGAAUCUUCCCAACCUUGAGGUUCUCAAACUACUCAAGCAAGCCUUUGUGGGGGAAAGGUGGAACAUGGAAGUAGAACAAUUCACUAAAGUUAGAUUCAUGAAAAUAGCUUCCUUGGACAUUGUCCAAGGGAUAGCCUCUGAAUGCGAGGACAGUUUUCCUCAUCUCCAGAAAUUAGUAUUGGAAAGCUGUCAGUUCUUGGAAGAGAUCCCUUCUUCUUUGGUGCAUAUUCCAACUCUAGAAUACUUGAGGUGUAUGAUUCUCCCAACUCUGCAAGUUCAGUGGAACAAAUGCAAGAAGAGCAAAUGAGCAUGGGUUAUACUGAUCUAAAGAUCCUUGUUUCCACCAUAAUGGAUUACUGGUCUUCCGAAGUAUGCUGGAUUUGGCCAGCAAAGUUUACUCAUUUUACAUGUUUUUUUUUUCUUUUGAUUCCUUUUAACUUUUGUACUACUACUGGUACUGGUUGUGUUGCAUCGUUUUGCAUCAAGAUCUAGUUGUUCAAUUUCUCCUAGAACUUUUUUUUCCUGGCACAGAAUUGUGUAGCGAGAUGACUUCCCAGAUUUGAUGUUCGUUUCUAAUUUCUAAAUAGCCAAG